AUGAUGUUAAAAGAGCGAAGUCGUUCACUAAUAUUGGCAUCUUAUGUAGGCUGUGAAAUAGAGACGGAACAUUUGUUCGUCUGUUGUUUAUUGUCAUGUUUUAAAGGUAAUGAUGAAGUUUUUGAAUGUAUAUGGAAGGAGCUUUCAAAGCAAGUUGAGGUAAAACACUACAGACUUCGAGAAGAGGCUGGUAAACCACCAACUGAGAAUUUAAGACCAUUUUUUGUGAAAGAUGCCAAUGGCUGGAUGGAUAACCGAAGGAUUUAUUGCUCAUUCAGAUUUGACAAGGAUGCGCAAAAAAAAAUUGGAAGAAUUGUAUCAGAUAAAAGAUAUUUGCUGCUUAACAAGGGAAGAGUUGAUAAAGAUGGCACAAAAAUCCAGCACAGCCAGGAAUUAAACAAAUAUCCACAUGUUUCUCCAGAAAUGGUCAAAUCAUCUGACAGAGUGGAUUUGUUUGAUACCAUGCGAUAUCCACUUGCCAAAGCCCAUGGUUGCUUGAUGGUAAUAGCCUGGAUGGCUGCAUGUUUGACAUCAUCAGAACCUAGAAAUUACGAGUUUAGAAUUACGAAAUAA